AUGGGGAAAUACACCCUCAGUACAUACGAGGUACCGUCCGAGAAGUUCUGGCUGUGGUACGGGAUGGUCUACAUGGCAGCCACGUACGUGUUCUUCCUGUUCCUGUCUUGCAUCGCACUAGAGUACCAUCGCUUCGAGCGUCCAGAAAAUGUUGUACUUACAGAUGAGAGCAAAGUUGACGCAAAAGACAGCUACACGCUCACUCGAACGCCGCGAGGAUCACAGAAACACAGCGAGUCAGUGAUUUCGGUCGACCACGCACGAGAAAAGUACUUUGUACCGGUCACCGUGGCGUUCCAGGAUUUAUGGCACUAUCACUGCGCUUAUGGGCCUGGCAAGACGACGCUGAUGGACGUGAUUGCUGGACGGAAGACUGGCGGUCAGAUCCGCGGUCAGAUUCUGCUCAAUGGUCAUCCUGCCACAGAUCUGGCUAUUCGACGUUCGACGGGGUGCUGUGAGCAGAUGGACAUUCACUCCGAGUCGUCUACCAUUCGUGAGGCGUUGACAUUCAAUCUAAAUCUGAUCGCUGACCAGAUCAUCCGUGGCAGCUCCGUGGAGCAAAUGAAGAGACUGACGAUCGGAGUGGAACUCGCUGCACAGCCGAGUGUCUUGUUCCUGGACGAACCGACGAGUGGGUUGGACGCUCGAUCGGCCAAGUUGAUCAUGGAUGGAGUUCGAAAAGUGGCGGAUACGGGGCGUACCAUCGUGUGUACCAUCCACCAGCCAUCUUCCGAGGUUUUCAGUGUGUUCGACAGUCUGUUACUGUUGAAACGUGGAGGUGAGACAGUCUUUGUUGGCGAGUUAGGUGACAACGCACGUGAAAUGAUCGAGUACUUUGAGUCGAUUGAGGGUGUAGCAAUGCUUGAAGCCGACUACAACCCGGCUACGUGGAUGUUGGAAGUGAUCGGUGCUGGCGUCGGUAACAGCAACGGAGACAAGACGAAUUUCGUGGAGAUCUUCAAAGCGAGCACUCACGCUCAGCGUCUUCGGUCGAGUCUAGACCAGGAAGGUGUGACUCGACCGUCACCGUCAUUACCAGCACUCGAAUUCAGCGACAAACGCGCAGCUUCCGAGCUCACUCAAGCGAAAUUCCUGUUGAAACGCUUCUGCGAUCUCUAUUGGCGUACAUCUUCGUUCAACUUGACGCGGUUCGCUAUCUCACUUGGAAUGGGAUUAGCUUACGGAGUCACAUACAUUGGUACAGAGUAUAAGUCGUACUCAGGUGUCAAUUCCGGCUUGGGCAUGCUCUACAUGAUCACGAGUUUCAUCGGCCUCAUCGCGUUCAACGGAUUGAUCCCCGUAGCGUACGAAGAGCGUGCUGUAUUCUACCGUGAACGAGCAUCUCAAACUUAUAACGCCUUCUGGUAUUUCUUCGGACUGGGAGUCAUGGAAAUCCCGUACGCUGCCUUCGCAGUGCUGUUGUUCCUCAUCCCGUUCUUCCCAAUGGUGGGGUUCUCGGGUGUCGGAGUCUUCCUAACUUCGUGGCUGGUCUUGGUGCUUCAAGUGCUGCAUCAAGCGUUCAUGGCGGACCUCCUCGUCUUCCUCUUACCGAAUUUAGAGGUGGCGGAGAUCGUCGGUGUGCUGCUGAAUCUUCUUGGCUACUUGUUCUCGGGCUUCAGUCCUCCAGCUUCUACACUGCCAUCGGCGACCGUGUGGCUGUAUGACAUCACUCCGAUGAAAUACAGCACUGCGGCGUUCUCUGCUGUGGUGUUUGGAGCCUGCAGCAGCGACGGAGAUCUGGGAUGUACGCGGAUGACCAACGUGCCGCCAUCUCUACCUCAGAACAUCACUGUGAAGGAGUAUCUGGAGACAAACUUCUUGAUGAAACACAGCGAGAUCUGGAAGAACUGCGGCUUCUUGCUCCUCUUCGUGGCUCUCUUAGGCGUCUUCACAUUGCUGGCGAUGCGCUUCUUGAAUUUCCAGAAAAGAUAG